CGGCUAUUGACAAUACAUUAAAUCAAUGUCCAUUGUUAAAUAGAUUUAAUAGUCGUCAUCGUUAUAGUCGAUUGCCACAUAUGUUCACUACGCACAUCCCUAGUCACAAUUGUUUUCCUGUCAAUUCUCCAAUAUUUACAAUUUCACAUUACGCAUUUGUCAAAAUAUAUUCUCUGUUCGGAAUAUUGAUUUUUUUUUUAUUAAUAAAAUAAUGGCUGACCUAGGAAUAUUAAAUUUAAAUACGCUGUGUCGUUGUUGCCAUUCAGACGGGAGCUUUAAGAGUCUCGAAAGUCUCGUUAAGAAAAGAAAUGCCGAGGAAACAUAUGAAACUAUGUUAAGAGAUACUUUAGGUAUAACGAUAUAUAUACCACCUCUAGAAGCUAGUUACACUAUAUGUGAAAAAUGCAUAACCAAGCUACGAGCGGCCACAAACUUUAAGAAACAGGUUGCACUAUGCGAAGAGAAAUUUAUGGAAUAUUGUAAAAAUGAACAGUUUCUGAAUCAGGAAUGUAAAGUCGAAAUAAAAUCGGAACCAAGCAUUCAAGAAACAGAUAAUAAUGAUGACACACAAAUGGAAAAUUACAAUGAGAAUACGUUAGAUUUUAAAGAAGAACCAAAAGAGGAUGUCGACUAUUAUUUAGAAGUGGAUAUGCCAGAAGCUUCCGAUGACACAGAUGAACAGACAGCUGAUUUAGAAAACCAGGAAAAUACUAUCAAAGAAACUCAAGACAACACGGUAGUGAAGAAAAAUGAAAAUAAAUCACAAGAAUAUGAAAUCGACACGUCAUGCAUCAUAGAAACAGAGUCCGAGAACGGCUUAAAAUACUCGUGCAGGGACUGUGGCGGGAAUUACACAGAAAAACAAAUACAUCAACACCUAUUCACGAACCAUGACACUCUAGAAUGCAAAAUAUGCAAGAAAAUACUAAAAAAUGUAAAUUCAUACAAGUGUCAUGUGAAGCUACACGGUAAUAGGUCAUUUAAAUGUAACACUUGUGAUAAAACUUAUCCCACCAAACAUGCCUUGAAGCAUCAUAUUAAUACACACACGAGGGAAAAGGUUUUCACCUGCGAUUAUUGCAAUAAAACUUUUUUAGGAAGAACUGUUUUAAGAAAACAUAUUUUAUUCCAUCUCGGUUUGAAUAAAAAAAAACUCUGCGACUUAUGCGGGUGGUCUUUCAACGAUUCAUCGAAUUUGAGAAGCCACGUUCGCUCUGUUCAUUUGAAAUUGAGGCCGUUCGUUUGUAAUACGUGCGGAAAAACGUUCAAAGCGAAAAAGCAUUUGAAAGACCAUCAAUUUAAGCACGGUACGGGAUCGAAGAGAUUCUUUUGUGAUAAGUGCGACAAAAAAUAUUCAACUUGUACCUCUUUGAAAAUCCAUAGAUUGAAACAUGAUAAUGUAUUCAAAUGCUCGAAAUGUCCUUUGACAUUUGAAAGUCAAGCGAGCUUAACAAUGCAUUUAAAACAGAGCCACAGUAGGUAUUACCCUUGCGAUGUUUGCAAUAAUGUUAUGUCUUCGCAAAAAUCUUUAAAUCGCCAUAAGAGAAAUCAUGCGGGUCUAAAGUACCCUUGUGAUAUCUGCAAUGAAUUUUUCUCAGAGAAAAGUGUAGUUUCUCGUCAUAAAAGAAGGGUACAUAAUAAUGAGAAAAAGGAUACAAAUGUAAAAACUAAAUGUUCGGUUUGUGGGAAGUUGUUCAUGAAUAUUCUGAAUCAUAUGCGGUCGCAUAACAACAGGCAGUCCUCUUGUGACUUGUGUGAUAAAUCUUAUCCUGAUAAUAGUACUUUGAAUAGGCACAAGCUACAGAAACAUUUCUCAAGGUUGUUCGAUUGUGAAAUAUGCGGGAAAAAGUAUAUACAGAAAGAUAAAUUGAAAAAACAUCAGAAUAAAGUGCAUAAUUUGAAACUUGAGAGGAAUCAAGACAGCUCGGAAACUUCUGGUUGAAAAGCUUUUGCAAGCAAAAAGGGUCACCCAUAACUUUGAAGAAUACACCAGCCGUUUUCAGAGUGCUAGCAGAUAUAAAAAAUCUAAAAAUAUUUGUAUAUUAGGCUGUAUCUCCAAAACCGUAAAGUUUUGGAGAUACAGCCUGCUGACGGACGGAUAGACACUGGAGCCUCAUAAAUAGGGUUCUGUUUUAACCUUUUGUGGACGUUACCCAAAAAAACUAUUACAUAUUUUCAUAUUUUCUGAGAAUGCAUUUAGGUCUGUUAGCCAUUUACAAUAAUUAUAACAAGAUUUAUUUAACAAGCUAUCAAGUUUUUUUAAUCCCUCAAAUGUAUGGAAGUCUAACCAAAGACACAAAUACCUAAUUCAUUGUUAAGCAUUUAUUUAUCAAAUAACAUACACAACAUAACAGUUUACACCAAAUCGUUUGGCAGUCAGAUUAUACAAUUACAACAGAAACUUAAACACUAAAAAAGGGGACAAAAGUAUACAAAUUAUAAAAUUUACACAUAAACAAGAAUUAAACAACAAUAAACAAUCACAUAAGAAACAGUAAACAAUCAUCUUUCGUUCCUCAACUCACAGAAUUUCAAACGCAUAUAACAAAAAUGUAUCUAUUCAUAAUUUUUCUGAACUAUUCAAAUCAUUAGCUAUUAGGAAAACUGGCCUAUUGCGAGUCUUACUUGUGGACAAAGGGUGCCGUACCAUUUUUAUUCCAUCCCACUCUGUCCCACUGCUGGGCAAAAGCCUCUCCCAGAUCCUUCCACGAUUCUCUGUCCUGGGCCACAUGAAACCAGCCAAGGUUAGCAUUAAUAGAUCGUCCAUCCGCUCGCUCCCAUUGUGUAGUGAUUUCGCCAUACCAUUAUUUUUUUAAAUAAUAUUGAAUUACUCCACCUUCCAAAAAACAUGUACGUUUUUCAGUUAAAAUACUCAAUUUUAUAAAAUGACA